CAAGGCAUACUUACUAACCGCCUUGUUUGCCAUGUCCUGAGUAGUAUCACUACUGUCGCUUGUUCAUGCUGUCAGGAUGUCAACAGCUGAUAUGUCCCGUGUUCUUGGCAUUCUCCGGUCACUGUAUCAGUAUGUUCAGACACUAGAGGAGUUUGCGGACAGCACUGUGUUCAGAGAAGGACAGAAAGCAGUGCUUAUUGAACAGUCCGACACAAAUCGCUUCAAAUCAUUCGUCCGGGGUGUUUAUGUAUGCUUUGACAAGGAAUUACAGCAAGUACCAAGCUGCAAUCAGAUCUGCACUCUACCUGAACUGCUGGCCUUUGUUCUUAACAGGCUGAAGAGAAAAAGAAAAAGAAACAUCUUGGCGCAUGGCUACAAUUUUCUGUCCCUGGCUCAGGAGGAGCGGGAUGCAGACCACUUCAAAUUUCAAGGAGAUGUGACUCAAAGUGCUGCCUACAUCCAUGGCAGCGACCUAUGGAAGAAAGUCACAACGCGUCUCGGCACAGACCUCACACGGUACCUGUUGGAGAGCUGCUCGGUGUUUAUGGCAGUGCCUCCUUCAUGUGUUUUCCAGGUGUGUGGCAUUCCUGUGUAUGACAGAGUGUCCGUCACAACUGCUUCUCCUGGGUUUUAUCUGCAGCCUCGGUCCAGAAAGCGUAACGUCGUUCAGUUUGGAGGGUACCGAAAUGCAGUGACCCUGAAAAGAAGACGAGAAGUUGCAAGUCGUAUUAGCAAGAAGAGGAACAGAACAGAUGUGAUUGUGAAUAAGAGGAAAAGAAAGAGAGAAACUGAUUAUAAAGAUGAAGAAGAGAUUAUGACUUCUUCAAGAAAGAGGAGAAGAGUUGGAGAUGAAGAACUUGAACAGGAAAUGAAACAGCUUUGCCCCCGUCAAACACUGGAGACAGGGCAGCCUGUAUCUGUGGAACCAACACUGUCUUUAAAGCCUUUGGAAGACAGCGCUUCUGGUUCCAAACAGCCUGUUGAAAUGCAAACAACCAUACUGCCAUUGGAGGGAGGACCCAGUUGGAGAUCAGGGAUGUUUCCCCCUUUGCCUCCCUCUCAGUGUUUUAUCCGCACAUUAGGAUUCCUGUAUGGGGGAAGGGGAAUGCGUGGUUUCCUUCUCAACAGGAAGAAGAAGGGUGUUGAUGGAUGCAGAAGGUUGCAAGGGCAUGAUUUGGUACGAACGGUCUUCUUUGAGGGCUUGCCUUAUCUAAACGGGCUUGAGAGGAAGCCAAAAAAACUCCCCCGACGCUUUUUUAACGUGGUCCCCCUGUUCAGUCAGCUGUUGCGUCAACACAGGAGAUGUCCCUACAGUAGAAUACUGCAGAGAAUGUGCCCCCUGGUGGAGGGGAAAGAUGCAGGACAGGGGGAAUUAAGCUCCCUCUUGCCUCAACACUGUGCACCUCAUCGGGUCUACCUCUUUGUCAAGGAAUGCCUUUCUGCUGUGAUACCUCAGGAGCUGUGGGGCUCUGACCACAAUCGGCUUCUUUUCUUUGUCAGGGUCAGGGCCUUCUUGCGCAGUGGCAAGUUUGAGAAGCUCUCACUGGCUGAACUGAUGUGGAAAAUGAAGGUGAAUGACUGUGACUGGUUGAAGAUCAGUAAGACAGGCAGGUUCCCGCCCAGUGAGCUCUCAUACCGGACACAGAUCCUGGGUCAGUUUCUGGCUUGGCUACUGGAUGGCUAUGUAGUGGGUCUGGUUCGAGCCUGUUUCUAUGUCACUGAGAGUGUUGGCCAGAAAUACGCUGCCAGGUUUUACAGACAGGAAAUCUGGGCAAAACUGCAGGACUUGGCCUUCAGAGGUCAUCUCUCCAAGGGCCAGAUGGAGGAGUUGACUCCGGCUCAGGUGGCGUCCCUCCCCAAAGCCACCGUCAUCUCCCGCCUUCGCUUCAUUCCCAAAACCGAUGGCAUGAGGCCUAUCACACGAGUCAUGGGAGCAGAUGCCAAAACAAGGCUCUAUCAAGGGCGGGUCCGGGACUUGCUGGAUAUGCUGCGGGCCUGUGUGCGCUCCAAUCCAUCCCUCCUGGGCUCCACGGUGUGGGGGAUGACCGAUAUCCACAAAGUGUUGAGCUCUAUAGCUCCGGCCCAGAAGGACAAGCCACAACCCCUCUACUUUGUUAAGGUGGAUGUGAGUGGAGCCUAUGAGAGUCUGCCUCAUGACAAACUUGUUGAGGUGAUCGGUCAGGCUCUGUCGCCUGUCCAGGAUGAACUCUUUACCAUCCGCCACUACGCCAAGAUCUGGGCCGAUUCCCACGAAGGCCUGAAAAAAGCCUUUGUUAGACAGGCUGAUUUCCUGGAAGAUAACAUGGGAUCCACCAACAUGAAAGGGUUUGUGAUGUCAUUGCAGAAAAGAGGAAAAGUUCAUCACACCAUACUGGUUGAGAAGCAUUUCUGCUCUGAUCUUUGUGGCAGAGAGACGUUACAAUUCUUCACCCAAAUGCUAACUGGCAGCGUUGUUCAGUUUGGGAAGAAAACUUACCGUCAGUGCCGCGGGAUUCCUCAGGGUUCAGUUGUGUCCAGUCUGCUGUGCUGUCUCUGCUAUGGUCACAUGGAGAGCAUCCUAUUCAAAGAUUUUACUCAAAAGAAAGGAUGUUUGUUGAGACUGGUGGAUGACUUUCUUCUGAUCACUCCAGACUUGCAUGAAGCACAAACAUUUCUCAGGAUCUUGCUGGCCGGGGUACCACAGUAUGGUCUGGUGGUCAACCCACAGAAGGUGGUGGUUAAUUUUCAGGUGUCAGGAAACAUGAGCUCAUGUCCCGGCAUUCGUGUGCUUCCCCCUCGCUGCCUCUUCCCCUGGUGUGGACUGCUGCUUGACACGCACUCACUUGAUGUCUACAAAGACUAUUCUAGCUAUGCAGGCCUGUCCUUGCGCUACAGCCUUACUUUGGGCUCUUUCCACUCUGCUGGACAGCAGAUGAGGAGGAAACUGAUGGCUGUCCUCAGACUCAAGUGUCAUGCCUUGUUCUUGGACUUGAAGACUAAUUCUCUUGAGGCAGUCUACAAGAACAUCUACAAGCUGCUGCUGCUUCAUGCACUCAGGUUCCAUGUGUGUGCUCAGAGUUUGCCCUUUGGUCAGACAGUUGCUAAGAACCCUGUGUACUUCCUGCAGAUGAUAUGGGAUAUGGCCGAGUACGCAAAUCACCUCAUCAGGCUCAGCAACAAAGGACUGAGUUUAGGCAGUGAGGCUCAGACGGGCAUUGUGCAGUAUGAAGCAGUGGAGCUGCUUUUCUGUCUUUCCUUCUUGCUGGUGCUGUCACAGCACCGUUCUCUCUAUAAGGAUCUGCUGUCACUCCUGCACAAACGGAAGCGCAGUCUUGAGCGACGUCUGGGGGACCUGAGGCUGGCCAGGGUCCGACAGGCCACUAACCCGAGGACCCCAGUCGACUUUGUGGCCAUCCAGACCUAAGAGUACCAGCUAGCCCCAGUUACAGCUCCCAAUACAACCAUGAAACCCCCCCCCCCCAGAUUAAAAAUAUUUAAAAAAAUCCAUUGAAAAUAUAGACACUGAGAUAUUUACCCAAUUUCAAAAUUUAGACGUCUCAUUCUCAGUUUUUGAUGGAAAUGAGAUAAGCAGUAUGUUGAAACCAGGCACUUUGGACUUAUCUGAUCUGUCAGUGUGCCAAAGAUGUUGUAAUGAAUGUGCAGUUUAACAAUGCUGGAAAAUCUUGUGGAGGGAAAGAGGGAAACACAGCCCUCAGACAUCUGAUAUAAAACACUUAAGUGAUAAACCUUUACCAUCAGCAGCAAUAUGCACGCCCUGUAAAACAACAACAACUAGAACAAUAAAAAUGGAUGAUUCAGAGCCAUCCAGCUACUGUACCAGAUGGCGUCUAAUCCCACAGUGUGUUGUCUCUUUGGACUUUGAUUUACACUUGUGGUAGUUUUCCAUGAA